AAUAUCAAAUCCACCCGAUUACAUCACCUAACGUGGAUAGAACUAACGGGAGUGUGGAUUAAAAUUUGACGAGCUCAAAUACUGGAUUCAACGCAACGUUGUGCUCUCGUGUUGAUAGAAUUAAUUUCGGAAUCGAGCCGUGACAAGGAACUUAGUGGCUGGUCAGGGCUGGUGAAGAAGUGUGGAGUGGAGUGGUCUACAUUUUGCAUCACUUUCGUUGAACUGGUUAGACCCGUUUACCAGGGCGUGCUGAGUGUUGUGUUCCCUGAUCUUGAGCUUCUUCUCGAUGGGUGGAAACGAGUUUUUGUGGGAUAAAGUGCUCCGACCGUCUUAGUUCCUUCGUUUGCUGAUCGUGCGUGCUGUGAGGAUCCUCAUCAGCUGGCGUACAAAGGGGGAGGUUAGUGGAUUCAUAACCGGAUUUGGGUAGCUCUGGGGAUUUGUUUUCGUUUAUGUUCUGUUUUCUCCAUGCUCAAAGGAAAGUAGAUCCGUUUUCACUCAAAAGGUAUUGCUUUUUUUUGGGUAAAAAAAUUGAUGUUUAAUUUUGUUGUUGUUUUGUAAUCUUGAUAGGGCUCUUCAGCUUGUGCCUGACAAAAUAAAUAUCUUCACAUUACGAUACGGGUGUGAUCGCAGGGGCAAUGCCCUUAUUAACUGAAUAACAUAAUUGCAUGCACAAAUCGCCCACCAAUCCAGUUUCCCCAUCCAGAGGUCCGGGUGUCCCCCUAUUGGCGUUCAACAGGCCGGUUUUCCUUCUUUCCCUGAGCUCAUUCUUCUUCUAUUGUUUAAUGCAACGCGCCCGUAGAACACAGGCCUGGUGUAUGCGGCCGUUGCGCAGCUAUAAGAGAGCUUUCGCCGUAGUGCGUACAGUUCAGUUGUCACCCGACCGGCACCGGGGUUGGAGAGUGGGUUUCGAAACCGACCCUUUAUACCGCAAGUACCGCGUACAGUAUGGUUCUCCCGCUAUUGCUGUUGCUUACCUUCGGGGCAUCAAUCGGUGCCACCGAUCCGGAGCUCGAGCGCAACGAGUUGGCCGCCCAGCGCUACGUCACCGAUCUCGAGGCAGAGAUACUGGCGCGCAACAACAACGCGACCGAGCUUUCGUGGGCCUACGAGUCGAACAUUACGGAGGAGGCGCUAAAGCAGCGGAACGAGGCCGCAUCGCGAAAUGCGAACUUUUUCAAGGAAGUUGCCCGUGAGUUGCGGCUGUACGAUUACAACAACUUUAAAGAUGCUGACCUGAAGCGCCGUAUCAAGAAGCUUACCGAUUUGGGGUACGCUGCGCUGGAUGAGACGAAAUUCUCAGAGCUUGUCGAUGCGAUUUCGCGCAUGCAGGAAAAUUACGCCACCGCCAAGGUGUGCCAGUACAAGAACGAGUCGAACUGCAACUACGGACUGGAGCCGGAGCUGACCGAGACGCUUGCAAAGAGCCGUGAUCCGGAGGAGCUGAAACACUACUGGGUGCAGUGGCACGAGGUGUCCGGCAAGCCGGUGAGGAAAGACUUUGAUGAGUACGUGGCGCUGAAUCGCGAGGCAGCUCAGCUGAACAAUUUUACGUCUGGUGCUGAGUACUGGCUGGAUGCGUAUGAGGAUGACACGUUCGAAGCACAGGUUGAUGCUGCGAUCGAGCAAAUCCGACCACUGUACGAACAGAUCCAUGCGUACGUGCGGUACAAGCUGAGGAAGCACUACGGCAAUGAUAUUGUGUCCGAGAAGGGUCCGAUUCCGAUCCAUCUGCUCGGUAACAUGUGGGGACAGACGUGGGACAAUAUUGCCGAUAUAACGACACCCUUUCCGAACAAGAAGCUGCUUGACGUUACGGAGGAGAUGGUGCGACAGGGCUACACCCCGCUGAAGAUGUUCCAAAUGGGCGAUGAGUUCUUCCAGUCGCUGAACAUGACCAAACUGCCAUCCACAUUCUGGGAGAAGAGCAUUCUGGAAAAGCCAAACGAUGGGCGUGAGCUUGUAUGCCAUGCCAGUGCGUGGGACUUCUACAAGAAGGAUGAUGUGCGCAUUAAGCAGUGCACACGAGUCAACAUGGAGGACUUCUUCACCGUGCAUCACGAGCUGGGACACAUCCAGUACUAUCUGCAGUAUCAGCACCUUCCAAGCGUUUACCGCGAGGGAGCCAACCCUGGCUUCCACGAGGCCGUCGGUGACGUUCUUUCCCUGUCUGUUUCAACACCGAAACAUUUGGAAAAGAUUGGACUGCUCAAGGACUACGUUGAAGACGAGGAAUCAAAGCUUAAUCAGUUCUACCAAGCUGGUCUGGCGAAGCUGGUAUUCCUGCCGUUCGCCUACACGCUGGACAAGUAUCGCUGGGAAAUAUUCCGUGGUGACGUUAAGCCAGAACAUUACAACUGCAAGUUCUGGGAGAUGCGCACGAAAUAUUCGGGCGUUGAGCCACCGGUUGAGAGAAGCGAGAGCGAUUUUGACGCUGCAGCCAAGUACCAUGUGUCGGCUGAUGUAGAAUAUCUGCGAUACUUUGUGUCGUACAUCGUACAGUUCCAGUUCCAUCGGGCGGCCUGCGAAAAGGCUGGCCAGUACGUGAAGGGUGAUCCUCAGAAAACGGUAAAUAAUUGCGACAUCUAUCAGAGCGCUGAGGCAGGUAAUGCACUGAAGGCGAUGUUGGCUAUGGGCUCGUCCAAACCGUGGCCGGAUGCGAUGGAGGUGCUGACUGGACAGCGCAAGAUGAGCGCCGAUGCGCUGAUUGAAUACUUCCAGCCAUUGUACGAUUGGUUGGUGAAGGAAAAUAAGGCUCUUGGAGCACAUGUUGGAUGGGAGGAAAAGCCCAAGUGCAAAUCAGCUUAAAUACACAACACAUCCUUCGUUUUUGAUCUCCAGACUAUUUAAAGUGCAUCGACACGAUCGAGCACAUGAUAUUGCUGAUCUUCUGGAGUAGAACAUUAUCGUUGAACUAGUUAAUAAAAUAAGACACACUAAAAUAUUAAA